GUAUGAUGUGUGCGCUCACCGUUGUUUUGAUCAUGCGAGUGCAAAUCGAGCAAAGAGCUGUCCUUUUCGGAACGCUCGGUUCUAUACCAGGCCUCAUUUUUGGCUUCAAAUUCUUCGAUCCACUUCUUGAUGCCAGUCAAAAGAAGAUGCUAUUCGUCUCAAUAUGGGCAUCCUUUGCAAUAGCUUUAUUUAUCUUGAAUUCGCAUAAGAAGAGGAAAACUUAUCCAAAAAUACCAGAGUUUAAGCCUUGGAAGGCGGCAGUGCUGGUUGCUACAGGAUUUGUAGGAGGAAUCUUCACUGCUUUUGCUGGGUCUGGUGUGGACAUCUGUAUCUUUUCCAUAAUCACCUUACUCUUUAGAGUGACUGAGAAGAGCGCCACCCCGACAACCGUUGUCUUGAUGGGCUUGAACUCUGUGGUCGGAGCCUAUUAUCGUUUAAUUUGGGAAGGAGAUGUUACCAAACUUGCCAUCGAAUAUCUACAGGUCUCCAUCCCCGUCGGUGUUACUCUUGCACCGUCUCCAUUCCUGUCGGUGUUACUCUUGCACCGUUCGGCAGCUUUCUCGGAUCUCACUUUCACAGACAGGUUCUUAAUUCGCAGUUAUAUGCGUGUGCGAAAUAGACGUAAAAACACUUUUAAGGAGAAAACAUAGGU